AUGAGAAGCGUGCGAGAGAAGAGUUUUUACGUCUUUCAAGACAAUACUUUGGUUGGUGAUAUGAAGGUAGUGGAGGAGCCUCGAGAUGUAUUGCCCACAAGUCUAUGGCAUAAGAGAUUGGGAUACAUGAGUGAAAGGUGUUUGAAGGAGUUGAGUAAGAUAGACUACUUUGGCAAGGAGAAACUUGAUGAUUUGGAGUUUUGCGAGAACUGUAUAUAUGGUAAAGCUACGAGGGUGAAGUUUAUAAGGUCGAUUGAAGUGACUCGAAAGAUGAUCAGUUAUGUUUACUCAGACUUGUGGGGGCAUAACGAUAAGGCGCUUUCUAAGUUCAAGGAUUGGAAGAAAAUGGUAGAGACUCGGACUGGGAAGAAGGUUAAAAAACUCCGAACAGAUAACAGUUUAGAGUACCUAGGAGAGGAGUUCAAUUAG